AUAUCCCACCCGACUAACAUCUCAGUCUCUGAAAAUGCACAGAGAUGCCUGGCUACCUCGCCCUGCCUUCAGACUCACGGGGCUCAGUCUCUUUUUCUCUUUGGUGCCACCAGGGCGGAGCAUGGAGGUCACAGUACCUACCACCCUCAACGUCCUCAAUGGCUCUGAUGCCCGUCUGCCCUGUACAUUCAACUCCUGCUACACAGUGAACCACAAACAGUUCUCCCUGAACUGGACCUACCAGGAGUGUAGUAACUGCUCUGAGGAGAUGUUCCUCCAGUUCCGCAUGAAGAUCAUCAACCUGAAGCUGGAACGGUUCCGAGACCGUGUGGAGUUCUCAGGGAACCCCAGCAAGUAUGACGUGUCGGUGACGCUGAGAAAUGUGCAGCUCGAGGAUGUGGGCACCUACAACUGCUAUAUCAUGAACCCGCCUGACCGCCACCGUGGCCAUGGCAAGAUCUACCUGCAGGUCCUCAUGGAAGAGCCCCCUGAGCGGGACUCCACGGUGGCCGUGAUCGUGGGCGCCUCCGUGGGCGGCUUCCUGGCGGUGGUCAUCUUGGUGCUGAUGGUAGUAAAGUGUGUGAGGAGGAAAAAAGAGCAGAAACUGAGCACGGACGACCUGAAGACGGAGGAGGAGGGCAAGACGGAUGGAGAGGGCAACGCGGACGACGGCCCCAAGUAACGCGGCCCCGCAGCCCCUCCCUCACGUCCUGUCUUCCUCCCACCCUCCGCCCUGCACACUGUGCCCCUGCCUGCCCUCUCUUGGUGUGCUUCUCUUGAACCAGGGCCCCAGGGCCCGCCUGGGGCCUCCCGAAACCACUUCGUACCCCCCACCCUGCACCAAGGGUGACCCACCUCUCUUUCAUUUGGGAAACCUGCCACGGCGCGUGGGACGUGUGGGCCCUGGGG